AUGGUUCCAUCAGCUACUUCAGAGACCGCCGACUUUGUCCCGGUGACUAAAUGGCCAACCCUCCAGGAAAUGGCCGAUGGCUUCAGGGAACACCUUAUGCCAGCAUCGAGCAAACUGCAGGGCAAAUACUUUGAACAUACCUACGACAAUGGUUGGAAGAUAUCUCAUGACUUUGGUGCGAAUACCGUCACAUGGAAGAUCCUCGAGGGAGAGGGAGCAGGUCUGACUGCACCAGCCAAGUACGAGGCUUUCGAAGUGCGACCAGAUGUCUUCUUCGUCGACUUCCUCAAGCCUGACUAUAAUGAAGUCGUCAGCUUGAUCGUCGAUACAGUCACUGGACAAGCCAUUGCUGCGGUAUCAGGCUUCAAGGACGAGAACGGUGAACGCAGAACAUUUACCUCUUUCAUCAACGCAGUCGCAUUCGGAGGGAAACAUGUUGAACCAUUCCAAGCCACUGACGAGCUCAUUGGAAAGCACAUUCUGUACCGAUACACCCCCCGAGAUGCUUAUGAGCAUGUCUAUCUCAACAAGGGCACUAUGACCUGGCAUUGUCUCAGCGGCACAGAGAGGGGCAUCGCAGAUGCUGAGAAGUGCCAGAUGCUCAAGCUGGGAGACAACUUGUACAUGCUGUUUUGGACCGAGACGGUUAUGCCUGUUGAGUCAAUUGUUGUGAUCGACUUGGAGAAGAUGAGGUCCACUGGGCGUUUUUACUGCUGGGAUCCAAAGCCAAAGGAGGCUGUGCACGUGCGAUUUGGUUCUUAUGCUACUGUUCUGGCAGAGACUUCGCCACUAGAGACGUUGAGAAAGGUUUCACAGAACAAGCUUUAG